CGGGGUGAUAGUGGGGGAGGGCGGCUAAGUUCUGUCUCCAUGGAGACUGUAGGGGCUGAACGCCAACAAUACUCGAGGUGGGCGCACCCCGACGGAUGGCCACGGUCCCAAAAGAACCCACGAGUAAAGGCCGGGGCUCAUGGCGCCCAAGAAGAAGCGCGGGAGUCGGCCGGCAGAGGGCGCCGAGGCGCGGCUGUCGGAGCGCGCGCAGUACCUGCUGCGCGAGUACCGGCUGCUCACGCAGCAGCUGGACGCCUACGAGCAGUGCGUGGACCAGGUGCUGCAGGACAACAUCCUCCUGGACGGCGAGGCGCUGCGCCUGCGCGACGAGAACCGCUUCUACGCCACCUACGUGAGCGCGCACGCGCAGCGCUGCGCCAACGCCACGGUGCGCCUGGAGGAGCAGAACCGCGUGGACCUGGCGCAGAUCCACAGCCAGCGCGCCGACCUGGAGGCGCUGUACCACGGGCGCGAGGACGGCGUGCGCGCGCAGCUGCAGGAGAUGGAGGCGCGCGCGGCGCACAUGGCGCGGCAGGUGCAGGAGCUGCAGCCCUACAAGGAGCUGCAGCUGGAACAGCUGGCGCGAAUCCGGACGCUGGAGCGCGAGCUGCUGCACAUGCGCGUGGAGCACACGCAGCUGCUCCACCGCGUCAAGCGGCGCUUCCUGGAGGACAAGGCGGCCUUCGAGCGGGAGGCGCGCCAGCGGGUGCAGUCCCUGGCGCGGCGCGCGGAGAGGGAGGCGGCGCGCGCGCUCAUCGCGCACACGCAGACCAUCAAGGCGGACAACGGGCGGCUGCGGGAGGAGCUGCUGCGGCUGCUGCGCCGGGCCCACCUGCUGCACGACAUGCGGCGCCAGCUGCUGCUGCAGCGCGAGCAGCUGUGGAGCGAGCACCAGGACACGUGGGACCUGGCGCGCGUGCACGGUUGGCUGCGCCGGGGGCCCGGAGGCCCGGAGCUGUGCCAACCGCUGUCCUCCUCGCGCAUGGGGUCCUUAGCCUCCGGCACCGACUCCUCCAUCUCCGCCACGGGCUCCUGGUUCGAGGCCUCUCGGAACCCGUCCCAGGUCUCUUCCAUCGCCGUCUCCAGGGCCCCGUCCGUGGCCUCGCUGCGUGUGGGCUCCAUGGUCCCGUCGCUGGCCUCGCUGAAGGCGGGGUCACAGUUGCAUUCCCAGGACCGGUCGAAAAGGGACUCCCAAGUGCCAUCCUUGGCCCCGUCCCGCCCGGGCUCCCUGGCCCUGUCCCACCCCGGCUCGCGGGUCUCAUCCUUGACCCAGUCCCGCCACGGCUCCAGGAUCCCUUCGCGGUCCUCAUUCCGCGCGGCCUUACAGAGCUCCACACCCUCUGCUCACUCUGUCCCGGGGUCGAGCCCGUUGAAGGAGACUGUGGACACUGACUCGGCAGACUGAACCCGCCUGGAAGGAGUCCAGGGUGGGGAGACCGGAGCGCAGGAAGCUAGCUGUUGGACUCCUGCCCCAUUUCAUUUGCGUCUCUGCUUUGUAGAAAUCGUACCCGUCUUUGUCAGUGGUUAUCUGAGAUGUUGACGUGCACAUUUAAGCUUGUAAUUCGUGAAGAUCAUAUCUUCCCCCCACCCCACACCCCAACCCUCCAAACGCUGUAUAUCUCCAUCGCACCUUCCAGGCUUAAGAAUCUGCUGGCAGUCACAGUACCCACAGACCGGCCACUGCUCCUUUCUCUGUGGAAGCUCAUCCUCCCGGCACUUACAUGUGGUUCCUAUUUGUGUGUGUUUUGCUUCAAUAAGAGUCACUUUGAAC